AUGUAUGAAGAGUCAAUCAACGCCUUGCGCAUUUUUCGCUCAGGGAAAACAAGACAAGACUGGUUCAGAAAGGGACUGCGCCUCCAUGACAACCCCUCUUUGAAGGAGUCGAUACAGGGGACGGACACACUGCGAUGUGUGUACAUCCUCGACCCGUGGUUUGCAGGCUCCUCCAAUGUUGGCGUCAGCAAGUGGAGGUUUUUGCUGCAGUGUUUGGAGGACUUGGAUGCCAGUCUGCGUCAGCUCAACUCCCGCUUAUUUGUCAUCAGGGGCCAGCCCACAGACGUCUUUCCCCGCCUUUUUAAGGAGUGGCAGGUCAGCCGGUUGUCUUAUGAGUAUGACUCGGAACCAUUUGGGAAGGAACGUGGUGCUACUAUCCAGAAACUAGCAAAUGAGGCAAGGGUGGAAGUUGUGAUGUGGAUCUCUCAUACACUUUUUGAUCUAGACAAGUGAGUUCUUUAUGGUGGCCAGCCCCCUCUUACCUACAAGUCCUUCCAGGCCCUCAUUAGCCAUAUGGAUGCUGUGGAAAUGCCCAGAUCUGAUCUCAUGAGCAAAUGUGCUGCACCCAUCAGUGAUGACCAUGAUGACAAGUUUGGAGUGCCCUCCUUGGAAGAGCUUGGCUUUGAGACAGAGAGUCUGCCCACAGCAAUCUGGCCAGGUGGAGAAACAGAAGCUCUCACAAGACUAGAGAGGCAUCUGGAGAGAAAGGCACGGGUGGCCAACUCCGAGGGUCCCAAAAUGAACCCUAACUCUCUGUUGGCCAGUCCCACAGGCCUCAGCCCCUACCUGCGCUUUGGAUGCCUCUCCUGUCGACUCUUCUAUCACAAACUCACUGACCUCUACAGGAAGCUGAAGAAAAGCAGCCCCAAAGCAUUAUGUUGCCACCAUGCUUUACCAUGGAGUCUCUGGUGCAAUGGCGCGGUGGCCACGGGAGAGGCACACCUCCCCCCGGCAGAAGAGCUCGUCACGGACUUUAUGGUAGGGGAGCAGCCUGUCAUCCACCUUGGCAGGCCAGCCAUCCUGGAUGUAGGCACGAAGGGUUGUGAGUGUCUCAUCCUCAGCCGAGGCCUGCUGCAGGCAAGAGCGUCCCUCUCCCCCACUGAGUACUUCUGCUCUGCCGGAGUGAGUGCCUGCGAGGCAAAAGCCACUGGACGCUCUACUUCCUCAUGGACCUGGGAGAGCACUGCACCAAGUGCCACCCCAGAUGCGUCACAGGUGACCAUGGUGGGCACAGUCAGGCUGAAAUGGACCAAAGUGGGCAGGGAUCACUGGAAGACCUGUUCAAGGCGAGCAUCGUGCACUGUGGCAGGGGGUGCGUGUACCACCACGUCGUCCAGGGACGUACUGGUGAUUAUUCUCCACGGGAAGGCAGACUACUCCCAAAGAGGUGAUGGGGGCGUGGCCAUAGCCCGACAGGGAGUUGGCUGCCGUUUCCAGGGGCACGUGACGGAAGAGCCGAUCAUAUUUUUUGAUAAAGCCAGCUUCCUCACCAGGGGAGACCUUUGGAUCAGCUGGGAGGAAGGCAUGAAGGUAUUUGAGGAGCUAUUGUUGGAUGCAGACUGGAGUGUAAAUGCUGGCAGUUGGAUGUGGCUCUCCUGCAGUUCCUUCUUUCAGCAGUUCUUCCACUACUACUGCCCUGUGAGAUUUGGACAACACACAGACCCCACUGGAGACUUUAUACGACGUUAUCUGCCUAUAUUGAGAAACUUCCCCACUAAAUACAUCUAUGACCCUUGGAAUGCCCCAGUGAAGGUCCAGAAGGCAGCCAAGUGUAUCAUAGGGGUCCACUACCCCAAGCCAAUGGUGCAACAUGCCAAGACAAGCCGCAUAAAUAUAGAGCGGAUGAAGCAGAUCUACCAGCAGCUCUCCAGCUACAAAGGGUUUGGACUGUUGGCAACAGUACCUUCCAAUCCCAACAAUAGCACAAAUGGAUAUGAUGUUGGUGAAGUGAGCACAGGGACCGGCAUAAGCCCAGGGAUGUCCACUGAAGAACACUCCAUGCAGGCGGGAACCUCUCAAACAGGCAGAGGACGGUCGAAUCGGAAGCGGCAUCAUGAAGACUCCUCACCGAUUAGCAGCUUCAAAGUCAGGAGGGGGAACAAUUAG